AUGACCCUCGCGGAGCCGGGGGCGCGGGCGGGCGUGGUCGGGAUCCUCCCGGGGCUCACCCUCGCCUUGGCGAACGGCCGCGCGCCGCGGUCUUUCGGCCUCCCGACCGCCCCUACCGCGCAGGUCGAGCGCGUGCUCAUCGUGGCGGAGCUUUACCUCAGCGCGGCGCAGGAAACCGGGGAUGUGGAUCUCGCCUUUCUCGGCCUGCAGCUCCUUCGCGCGAACCACCUGCAGCCGCAUUUUGGCUUUCAAAAACAGCUCACAAACGUCUUCGCGGCGGCGUCGAGAAUUCGGACGGAUUGGCAGACGCGUGCGUCCGGGCAGCUCGUCGAGGCUUUUCCCCACUGGCAGGAGUAUUUAAAGCUGGUGAAGCGGGAUAACCUCCGGGCGGCCGCGCUCUACUGCCAACUCGAGGAGGGAAAUCCAAAGGAGGCAAAAGGAGCGGAAACGAGUGAGGAAGAGGGAAAGAAAGGAGGGAAAGAAAAGGGCAAGGAAAAGGGGAUGAGCGCGGUAGGAUGGUCGCCCUCUCCUCACCCUGAGGGUGAGGGGCAGCAUGAAUACUUCACGAGCCGCCGCCGGGAGGAUCUCCAGCGUCUGUCUGAGUUGGAGGCGAAUAUCGAGGCGGCCGUGCGGGCGCGACUUCCGGAGCUUUCCAAGGGGUCUUCCACCCGUCGUGGGCGGCGAGGCGAGGCCGAUGUGGCUUCCUCAACCUCGCCAGUGCGCGCUAAGGAAAGGAGAGGGGGCUCUCGAAAUCGCACCGCACGUUCAUCCUCGAAAGGGGAUGAACGCGAUGAUCUCAAGGAGGGAGGGGUGGAGAAGGAAGUGGAGGGUGUUGCCACUCCCACAAGGGCGAGGUCGUCGCCACCUGUCCCCUCACGAAUGUCUCCCCCAGAGCCGUCGUCGGAAUCCUUUGCCACCCCGCUAGACUAUGAAGAAUUUAGAUUCUAG